AAUACCCCCCUAUUUUGGAUGUCGUUUUGCAAAGAACCCCUGGUGGCACUGCCUCUCUACCUCAUCCUCCUGCCCUUCGCCGGCCGGCGCCACCGCCUUCCGUCCCCGGCUCCCCGCAACAAGCACAAAUCGUUACCCCACUCGUCGCUCCGCUAUCCGCUCCUCUGAUCUACCAGCUGCACCUCCUCGAAUCGCUGGAGUCCCGACUCCCACUCAAGCAGCGGUGACCAAGCCGCCGCAGGAAGAGGAAGAAGCCACCCUGCGGCGACUGAGCAGAGACGCCGAUGGAGCAGGGGACGAGGUCUUCCCGUUCGCGCCGCCUGCGCAGGGCGCAGCCGUGCCGUGUGGGCACCGACUCCAUCAUGCCCAGAAUGCCUGCGACGGAGGGAUCCGAGGAAGAACAUGACAGAUCGUGCUGAAAAGGAAUCGAUAUGCCGGUGGAAGAGGAAGAAGAUAAAUCUCUCUCUAUUUCGAGAAAGGGCUGGAAGCCGGGAUUCCACUUGGCCACAGGUCUUUGCGAUAGGAUCUCGGCAUUUAACCAACACUUCGUGGUUCAUAAACAGCAGCAGCAGUAUGAGAUGGAAAAUUUGGCGUAUGAUUGAAGGAGUUAAAGAUUGUCAGAUCCCAAAAUAUCCUCCUCCACUGGAAGAACCAGCUGCCCAAUCAUCUGCAUUGCAAUCAUAGACCUUGACUUGCUAGAGACAUUUUCAGUCACUAUCAAGCACUGACUAGUCACUACUGCCAUGCUUGACUGGCAAUUGAAAAAUUGGCUCACAGUUCGACCACAGAAAGUUCAAACGGCAACUCUGAAUGUUCAUGAUGCUGGAGAUACCUGCACGAACAAUUUCUUCCCCCAAUCUCCGCCCCCCCCCCCCCCCCCCCCCAACACCCCAAUAGAGUUCACCAGCACCCCACAGGCCAACACAAAGCGAUUGCAGGAAAAGUUUCAACUCUGGAAGAAUUGAGAGAGUUUGAUGCUUGGAGUUAGCUAUGUUUGGGAAAAUAAGAUUCUGGAGGGAGUGCAUGCUUGUUGAUUUGCUGAUCAUGUAUGCAUCAGCUUCAAGAUGCUUAUCAGCUCCCAUGGAAAGAACGGACAUCAUCUUUCAGAACCAAUCAAUUUCAGAUGGGCAGACCCUAAUAUCUGGGAGCAAAAAUUUUGUGCUUGGUUUCUUUAGCCCUGGAGCUUCGAGCUACCGAUAUGUUGGUAUAUGGCACAAGCACAAUGAUGUUUCGGAAAGAAGAGUUGUAUGGGUUGCUAAUAGGAACAAUCCAAUGAAAGAUAAGGGCAUACUUAAGUUCGACAACAGUAGUAAUCUGAUAGUUUUAGAUGGGAGUGGCACCUCAUUUACAGUGGCUUAUGGGGUGGGAGUGCAAGACUUGGAGGCUGCAAUAUUGGAUAGUGGCAACUUUGUCUUAAGGAGCAUCACCAACAAAAACAAUAUCGUAUGGCAGAGCUUUGACUUUCCUACCAACACAUGGCUCCCUGGAAUGAAUAUUACAAUUGGUACUAAAUUGCUGACUUCAUGGAAGAGCUCUGAUGACCCAGCUGUGGGGGACUACUCUUUUGGACCUGGCAUAACUAAUGCUUCACAACUCAUUAUCUGGUGGAAAGGGAUUAAAUUUUGGACCAGUACAGGCUGGGAUGGUGAUGUAAACGCUCUCAUUCCAGAGCUAAAAUCUAUAAGUACAAUCCCUCUAUAUUUUCACUGUGACAACCUUACAUGCACUUACACUCCCAACCCUGAUAGCAGGUUUACAAAAUUCGUGUUGGAUCCAAAUGGUUCAUUGAACAUAGCACAAUUUGAUCCUGACGCUCAAUCAUGGACUCUGCUAUGGCGACAGCCUGCUAGUUGCGAGGUGUCUAACUUAUGUGGAGUUUUUGGUAUAUGUAACAACAAUAAUAUUUUACCAUCCCUGGACCCCUGUCAAUGUCCAGAAGGUUUUGCUAAACAAGACAAUAGUAGGAAAGGAUGCACUAGGAAAAUCCCACUGCAGUGCAACGGUGAUAAGUUUAUUGAUAUGCCUGGAAUGCGACCUCCUGGUAACAGAGAGAAGCUGUCUGUCAUGGGAGAUGAUGAAUGCCAAUCAGCAUGCAUGAUAAAUUGCUCUUGUACUGCAUAUGCAGUAUUGGAUGGUUGCAGUCUAUGGUAUGGUGGUCUAACUAAUCUGCAGGAGGGAUAUAAUGGGAGCGGAGUAGGAACUCUUUAUCUUCGUGUGGCCUCAAUCAGUAGUUCAGGUCACAAAAUACUUUGGAUAGCUGGUGUACUUUCUUCAGUUGCAUUUCUUAUCUUUUGUCUCAUCCUGUUUAUUUGGAUUAGGAGAUCGAAAAAUAAAGGGAAGGGAAAACAGGAUGGUCACCACUCCUUGAUGACUACGGAUACAAUCAAACUGUGGGAGAGUGAGGAGACAGGCUCUCAGUUUACGAUGUUUUCCUUUUCACGAAUAACAAAUGCUACAGACAAAUUUUCAACAGAAAACAAGCUUGGAGAAGGGGGGUUUGGCCCUGUGUAUAAGGGCAACUUACCAGACGGGAAGGAAAUUGCAGUUAAGAGACUAGCUGCAAAUUCAGGACAAGGGUUACCAGAGUUUAAGAACGAAAUCCUACUUAUUGCUAAGCUUCAGCAUAGCAAUUUAGUUGGGCUGUUAGGUUGUUGCAUCGAAGGGGAAGAAAUGCUAUUAGUCUACGAGUACAUGCCAAACAAAAGCUUGGAUUUCUUCUUAUUUGAAAAAUCAAGAAGGGCUUUGCUAGACUGGGAAAUGCGAAUGAACAUAAUUGAAGGGGUCGCACAGGGUCUUAUUUAUCUCCACAAGCAUUCUCGGCUUAGAAUUAUUCAUAGGGACCUGAAAGCAAGCAACAUUUUGUUGGAUACUGAUAUGAACCCUAAGAUUUCGGACUUUGGAAUGGCGAGAAUAUUUGAUCCCAAAGGAACACAAGCUAAUACAAAAAGAGUUGUUGGAACAUAUGGCUACAUGGCUCCUGAAUAUGCUAUGGCAGGCAUUUUCUCCGUUAAGUCUGAUGUAUUUAGCUACGGAGUCUUGCUUCUGGAGAUUGUCAGUGGAAUGAAGAAUGCAGGAUCUCAACGACGUGGCAACUCUCUUAGCCUCCUUGGUUAUGCAUGGGAGUUGUGGAACGAGGGCAGAUGCCAUGAGCUCAUUGAUAAAUCAUUACACGGUAGAUGUCCUGAGAGUUUGGCUCUAAGAUGCAUUCAUGUCAGCUUGUUGUGCGUUCAGGAGCAAGCUGCAGAUCGACCCUUCAUGACUGAAGUCCUUUCAUUGAUUACCAAUGAAAACGCCACCUUACCAGACCCAAAGCAACCUGGUUUCCUCUCCCUGUUGGUCUCGAAUCAAACUGACAUCACUGAAGAAACCUGCUCCCUGAAUGGUCUUUCAAUUACCAACCUGGAUGGCAGAUAGUAACUAUCUCAAUCCACUGCUGUUCUCUCUUUUUUAUUGUCGGUAAAAGCACGGAUUACAAUUGCUUGAAUUGCAUAUUAUUGCCCAAGUUAAAUCAAAGAAACCUGAAAUUCAGCUCCUUUUAUAAAGUUUUGAUCGAUCGGCAA